AUGCUGCUUACAAGAACAGCGUCACGGCUGCAGUGCUUGCCGCGGCCGGCAGUGACCCCAAACAAGGCUCUCUCGUCCUCGACAAGAGCGCUCGCAACAGUCACAGACAAGAAAUACAUAGCUGUGCUUGGCGGUGGUAUCUCUGGUCUCACCUCUGCAUAUCGUCUUGCUCAGCAUCUACCAAAGGAUCGAUACAACAUUGUCCUUCUCGAACAUCAGAAUCGGCUCGGUGGAUGGAUUCGAUCCGAACGCAUCGUUCUUCCAACUGCAGACGGAGCCGCUCAGAACGUCACGGCGCUGAUCGAACAAGGUCCACGCAGCAUUCGACCCGCCGGCUACUCUGGUUUGAUGAUGCUUGAACUUGUUCGAUCACUAGGACUGCUCGAGAGGAUGCUCAAGGUUCCAAAGACGGCGCCGUCAGCACAGAAUCGAUACCUUUACUACCCGGAUCGACUCGCAAAGCUUCCUAGCAGCAUCCCUUCCCUCUUGUCCGCGCUCUUCAAGCUACCCUUCCUGCGUGCCAUCAUUCCUGGCGUGCUGCGCGAGCCCCGUGUUCCUUCCCGCUUCCUGCGUCCACGCUCCGAAUCCAAGUCUGAAAAGCAGCGUCUGCAACAACGAGAGUGGAUCCAAGACGAAAGCGUCGAUUCGUUUGUCUCGCGUCGUUUUGGUAAUGGUCUCGCCGAGAACCUCGUUUCAGCCGUGAUUCAUGGAAUUUAUGCCGGUGAUACGAGGAAGCUCAGCAUCCGCGCUGUCCUUCCAUUCCUAUGGGAAGCUGAACGAGUGCACGGCAGUGUGCUGCGCAGCAUGCUGUCUACCAAGAGAAACAAGCGUCAUCGAGCCUUGCCGGAACCGGAGGCGGCCGUCAAGGCGGCGAAAGACCUGCGUCUCGAGAAUAUUGAAAAGGAGCUGGGUAAGGAUGUGGUCGAAAGUUUCAAGUCGAUCAGCGUCUACAGCUUCCAAGAAGGCGUGCAAGAGAUCGUUCAGGCGCUCGAGUCGCGUUUAGCAGAAUACGACAAUGUGCAGAUUAAGAAAGGUGACGCUGUUCAGUCCAUACACCGUAACGAAGCGGGCAAGACCACUCUUCAUACAGAAAGCGGUGAGACAAUGGUAGUGGAUCGUAUCAUUUCGAGCAUUCCCUCAACACGGCUCGCACAGAUUCUUCCAUCUGACGCAGAGCUGCCGCAUCUCAGCCACAACCCAUCUGCAAAUGUGGGCGUUGUUAACCUCGUGAUCUCCCCCAGUGCUGUCGCAUCAUCCAGCAAGCCUUUGGUUCCCGUGGAAGGGUUCGGAUAUCUUAUCCCACGCACGUCACCAGGAAACCAAGAUGGCAUUCUAGGCGUUGUUUUUGACAGCGAUGCUAUUCCGGAGCAGGAUUCCGUGUGUGCUGCUUCACGACCGGUCAAGUUGACCGUCAUGAUGGGUGGCUCGCAUUGGGCGGAUCUGGAAACGCUCCCAAGCGAGGCGGACAUGAGAGCGCGCGCUAUCAACGCUGUUUCCCAGCAUCUUGGAAUCGAUCGUUCCCUGCUCGAAGACGCAUCGAAAGUCAGUGUCAGGGCGACAAUGCAGAAAGACUGCAUUCCAUGGUACCUAGUCGGCCACCCGGUUCGAAUGUCGCAGUUGCACAAGGCGCUGGAGAAGGACGAGCUGUUAGGCAGCAAACUGACUCUUGUCGGCGCUAGCUACACUGGCGUUAGUUUGAAUGACUGCGUGGCCUAUGCGACGGAGGCAGUAGAGCAGAUUGUUGACGCAGAACUGCACGGUGGGGAGCGGAUCGUGACUGGUCUCGCUUCUUUUGCCAUCCCUCCUGUUCCCCCGUCGCAGAAAGCAACUAGCAUCACUGCUCAGGCGAGGAAGGGCGACACACGCCCCAGCGUCAAUCCUCAAGGUUUGAUGGGUCCCAUCACGGGAACACCUAAUCAGUUCGCUGUUGCUGGCAGCAUUCACACACGGGCCUUUUCGACCACUCGUCAGAAGUCCAACUCUUCUUCGUCGUCAUCGUCUUCUUCUCGUUCCACGCCUGUCAGCUCUGCAGACAAGAAAACAAAGAGCCUCAACGAGAUCCUGCUGGACAGCAUCCGUGCCUCUGGACCCAUGCCCGUCUCGACAUACAUGCGAACUUGCCUCCUCGAUCCGAUGCAGGGCUACUAUUCGUCUGCGAAUUCUCCGUCUACAUCACGCGAGGUGCUUGGCAGCAGAGGCGACUUUAUCACUUCUCCCGAGAUCUCGCAAGUGUUUGGCGAGCUUGUCGCCAUCUUCUACCUGGCACGAUGGCAGUCGGUUGGCGCACCAUCAGCAACUAGGAUUGUAGAGCUCGGUCCGGGUAAAGGAACGUUGCUAGCGGAUAUGCUGAGGACGUUUGCAACAUUCAAGCCUUUCAUGGCGACGUUGAAGCGCAUACAUCUUGUCGAGACUAGCGAGGGCUUGAUGGAGCUUCAGCUAAACGCGAUCAAAGAGGCUCUUGGUGUAGUCGGAAAGAGAGUGGUGAGCGCAGAGGAAGAUGCUGGAGCAGACGGUGUGGUAGUCGAAUGGUUUCCGGGUAUAGACAUGGUGCCGGUGAUUCCGGAAGAGUUAACGAUCCUCACGGCGCACGAGUUCUUUGAUGCUUUGCCAACGCAUAUCUUUGAAAAAGGAGUGGAUGGAAAGUUCAGAGAAGUGUUGGUGGGCAUCAAACCCACGUCUAGCAUUACAGUGCUCAAGCCGGGCCAAGACUUGCAGAAGCAAGCCCAGAACGAGGAGCUUGGAUUUGUGCUCAGCCCCACACCGACGCCAUGGGCGCAGAUGCUGGUGCAAAACAAUCCACGUUUCCAACAUCUUGAGCCGGGACAGCGGGUGGAGGUGAGUCCGGAAGCCUGGGCGGUGGCGCGAAGGGUGGGGGAGAUUGUUGCUGGCCGAUCGGCGUCUGCUCCGUCUUCGCCAAAACAAGAAGCUCCUCGUUCAGCACCCGAAGGCUCGGCGGAGGCUAAGGCAGAAGCAGCACUCGAAGCCGAGCGGUUGCAAGCAGAACGUCGCUUAGAAACUCAGCGACUCUCGCACGCCACCGAAGGAGGCAUAGGGCUAAUCAUAGACUACGGAGACGACAAAGCUUACGGAUCAUCGUUGCGUGCAUUCAAGAAUCACGCGCUCGUCCGCGUCUUCGACUCCCCCGGUACAGUCGACCUGACAGUCAACGUGGAUUUCCUGCAUCUCAAGUCGGCGAUCCACACAACAGACGCUAGGUAUCUUGGCCCCAUCGACCAGGCCGACUUCCUCGUCGGCAUGGGUCUCCAGAUGCGUACCGAGGCGCUCGUCAAAGGCAGAGACGCGCACGAUGAAAACAGGAUCAAAGACGCCGCUAACAGACUGAUCGACGAAUCCGGUAUGGGCAUCCAGUACAAGGCGUUGGCCAUCACCGCCAGGCGUUGCGCCGAAAACAACGCACCAGACCAGCACCGCGAUAAAGUCGCCGAUCCCGAUAUCUACCCAUUUGAGUUCCAACACUAG